UCACGUUACCCAGCAGCCCCGCUGAAACAAUCCCUUCUGGUUUGACCGCCAUUACGCCGAGGAGAAAUGGCUGUCCGAUAUCCAAUGGCCGUCGGCCUCAACAAAGGCCAUCCAGUCACCAAGAAUGUCACGGCUCCCAAACACAGCCGCAGACGAGGGCGUCUGACCAAGCACAGCAAGUUUGUGCGUGAUAUGAUUCGUGAGGUGUGUGGGUUCGCUCCUUACGAAAGGCGUGCCAUGGAGCUGCUCAAAGUGUCCAAGGAUAAGAGAGCUCUCAAAUUCAUCAAGAAAAGGAUUGGCACUCAUAUCCGGGCCAAGAGGAAGAGGGAAGAGCUCAGCAACGUGUUGGCUGCCAUGAGGAAAGCUGCCGCCAAGAAGGAUUAAACAGCUUCUCAAUAAAAACGUUAUUCACAAAAA